GCGAUUUGAUAAUGAAAACGAUGAUCUUUGUACCAAGAAGAAGAUGGAAGAAAACGCCGGCUUCAGUAAGAAAGAAGAUUUGACGAGGGAAACACGCGGAACGGUUCCUUUUGUCCAGGCGUAUACAUUGUACAUGUGAUUUUCGAAAUAAUCGAAUGUUAUUCGAUCAUAAACUUGAAAUUUUAAAGGAAUCAGCUAUUGAUCUUUCAUGGAUUCGAAUUUAUCACCCGCUGCGAUUAAUCGGCCUACGACUUGCGCUUUUUUUGAUACAUGCUUGAGAGAAACGAGAUUUGAGAACGGUUUUUAUAGAAACAGGCGAUCUUGCAAGUGGAAAGUUACUGAUAAUACGGGACAGAAAUGUCUUGGUCACUCGACUUCAUCGCUGGAUGCUUGGGAGGAUGUGCCGGCAUUAUGGUGGGAUAUCCUUUGGAUACAGUCAAGGUCCAUAUGCAGACUCAGGACUGCCGUAAUCCAAAGUAUCGGGGUACAUGGGACUGUCUACGCACCAUACUCGCAAAAGAAUCGGUGAGUGGACUUUAUAGAGGUAUGACUUCGCCAAUCGCAGGAGUGGCUAUGGUGAACGCUAUUGUUUUCGGUGUUUACGGGCACACUCAGAGGCACUUGUCAGAGCCUGAUCGAUUGUCAGCGCACUUCCUAGCCGGCGCAUCCGCCGGGAUUGCUCAAACUCCUGUCUCAAGUCCGAUCGAGUUAGCGAAAACACGUUUACAACUGAUGACUCCGUCCCAAGGCACUUCUCAUGGACCGAUGCAAUGCCUAAGAAACAUCUACAGGCAGGAGGGUUAUCGUGGUAUCUUUAAGGGACUAGGUGUCACGUUCCUCAGGGAAGGACCGAGUUACGGCGUGUAUUUUGUGACCUAUGAGAUUCUGACCAGGACAUCCUCGAAGGAGCCGAUCUCGACGUUUCGCAUGCUGCUGGCCGGUGGUCUCGCCGGUACAGCUUCCUGGGUGAUUUCCUAUCCCGUUGAUGUCAUCAAAUCGCGCAUACAAGCGGAGAGUAGCAAUCGUUACUCCGGAGCUUUGGAUUGUCUCAAGAAAUCGGUGCGCGCUGAAGGGUACACCUGCUUGUUUCGCGGUUUGAAUUCGACGAUUCUUCGAGCAUUCCCAACGAACGCAGCAACUUUCGCAGUGGUCACGUGGACGUUUCGAUUAUUCGGUGAACAACCGAACGAGACGCCAAAAAGAGAGGAGAUAACGUCAACGUCGCAGACGAGAAACCUCACGACGAAAGGAUACGAGUCCUUUGUCAACAAAUGGAACUCGUUCUUUGAUGGUGUUUCGAGAAACAAUAGUUUUGGCACGUCGUAUCCUAUCGUGUCCGUGUUGUCAAUCAGUGGGCUGAUGUUGGACAACAAUGUCUGCUUGACUCACAGCUGCAGACAAUCGGGUUGUAAGUACGAAGCACUGAAGCAAAAGAGCAUGUCCGAGGAGGAGAGAAACAGAAAAUUGAAAUCUGACGAUGAUAAGGAGGACGAACAUGUCGACGAAAAGAUGGCGGAUGUUGAGACAAUCGCGAGCACGUGUACUUGUAAUCUUCAACGAGUACUUGGUGUCCCGAGUCUGGAUAACACCUGAUGUUACCAUUGUGGGCGAAGAGUAUCUUCAGCGUGCAAUGUGUUGCUGCAAUAAAGUGGCUCGUGAAAAUAAAGAAACAAUAUUUAUGCACACAAAUAUUCAUUAAAGCUUAAUUUAAUUAUCUACGGAUUUAUAUACGUACGUAUAUUAUAAGAUAGAAUGUACGGAUUAGAUAAAUGCUCCAAUUAGAAAUGGUCCUUGUAC